AUGACUGCGUCGGACUGGCGAAGUUCACUCACGGCAGCAGAGCGCUAUGACAACAUUUACAGGCUCACCAAGUCGGGAGUUGCGGCCCGCUUGGGGAAGAGUGCCUACAACAUCGAGAACGAGGCGUACAAGACGUGCAAGACUAGGGACGAGUACGAUGAAAUCUGCAAUCCGCCGGGGGACGCAGAAGCCCCGUUAGCGGAUCUGGACAAUGUUGGGCUAGAGGGUGGUGAGCCCAAGACGAUUGGCAGCUACUCAGACUGCCGCUAUGUGGCUGGCGGUGUGACUGCCGAAGUCUACCGUUCCAAGUCUAACGCUCUGAAGGUCAUCGUGGAGACUCGGGAUAUGAAGCCGCACAACCCGCGACGGGAGGCCAAGAUCCUUGAGUCGCUUCGCGGCGGCCCUGGAGUCAUUCCCCUUUUGGAGGUCUUCCACGACCAGAACCAACGGCUGGUGCUUGUGUUCCCCUUCAUGCCUGUGAGCCUGGCGCAUGUGAUGGAAAAGGUCACAGCACCGCUACCAGAUCCCUUCCUCCGCCACGUCUUCACAGAGUUCUUCAAAGGCCUCGACUUCAUCCACUCUCAGGGCAUCAUUCACCGCGACAUUAAGCCAUCUGCCAUCCUAAUCGAGUCCACCAAAGCCUUUACCACCAAACCCCACGUCUACAUCUCUGAUUUCGGCACAGCCUGGCAUCCCGAAUUUUCUUCCUCAGACGAACCAGCGGAUGAGAAGAUUCUCGACGUCGGCACGUCCCAAUACCGCGCUCCAGAAGCCCUCUUUGGCCACAAGUCCUACACGACUGCGCUGGACCUUUGGGCAGCCGGUAUUGUUCUGGCUGAGUGCAUUAAACCAAGCCACAAGCCGAUUUUUGAGUCCCGGCCAGCUCACGAGGAUGGUAGCCAGCUCGGUCUGAUCCUGAGCAUUUUUAAGACACUCGGGUCGCCGACUAAGGAGAACUGGCCUGAGGCGGAGAACUUCAAGACCCCGCCGUUCGAGUUUUAUAGGUCGUUCGAGGGGGUUGAGGGUGGAUGGGAAGGCAUCCUACCUACUGUGAGGAAAGAAUGGAGGGAGCUGGUGAAGGCUCUGGUGAAGUAUGAGAGUGCUUGGAGAGUUACUGCUCGCCAGGCGCUUGACUUCCCCUGCUUGAAAGGUCCUGAGGUUGAGGACUCUUAA